CUCCCUCGCCUCGCUCGGCCGGCCGCUCCGCCCGGUUCACACCGACCGCGCCUGGCGCAGGCGCAGAAACCCGGACCAGAGGCUGGUGCUCCUCGGCUGUCGCGGUGACCCCGCCCCCGGGCCCGGGAUGUGAGGCCGGUCCGGGUGUCCCCGCGGCGGGCCGGGGCGGCGAGGGGCCCGCGGGCGCCAUGGAGGGCGUGCUGUACAAGUGGACCAACUACCUGAGCGGUUGGCAGCCUCGAUGGUUCCUUCUUUGUGGGGGAAUACUGUCCUAUUAUGAUUCUCCUGAAGAUGCUUGGAAGGGUUGUAAAGGGAGCAUCCAGAUGGCAGUCUGUGAGAUUCAAGUUCAUUCGGUGGAUAACACUCGCAUGGACCUGAUCAUCCCUGGGGAACAGUAUUUCUACUUAAAAGCCAGAAGUGUGGCAGAGAGACAGCGAUGGCUGGUGGCCCUGGGGUCUGCUAAGGCCUGCCUGACAGAUAGUAGAACCCAAAAGGAAAAAGAAUUUGCAGAAAACACUGAAAACUUGAAAACCAAAAUGUCAGAACUAAGGCUGUACUGUGAUCUCCUUGUUCAGCAAGUAGAUAAAACAAAAGAAGUGGCCACAUCUGGUGUUGCUGACUCUGAGGAGGGAAUCGAUGUGGGAACUCUGCUGAAAUCAACCUGCAACACUUUCCUGAAGACCCUGGAGGAAUGCAUGCAGAUCGCAAAUGCAGCCUUCACCUCUGAGCUACUCUACCAUACACCCCCAGGAUCCCCUCAGCUAGCGGUGCUUAAGUCCAGCAAGAUGAAGCAUCCUAUCAUACCAAUUCAUAAUUCAUUGGAAAGGCAGAUGGAGUUGAACAGUUGUGAAAAUGGAUCUUUAAAUAUGGAAGUAAAUGGUGAUGAAGAAAUCCUAAUAAAAACCAAGAGUUCCUUGUAUUUGAAAUCCACAGAGGUAGAUUGCAGCAUGUCAAGCGAGGAAAACACAGAUGAUAAUGGGACAGGUGAGACACUGAAGGCAGAUGAAAAGGAAAACCUGGGGAAUCAUGAGGGUGAGCUGGCACAACCUGGAUCAAAUUCAGUCUGCUCACCAGAGUCCGUCUGGAAAGACAACGAAGAGGUUGUCCCGACUUUCUUUAGCGCCAUGAGUGCCAGCUUUAGUGACAUUGAACUUCUGGAAGACAGUGGCAUUCCCACAGAAGCAUUUUUGGCAUCUUGUUAUUCAGUGGUUCCAGUACUAGACAAACUUGGUCCUACAGUGUUUGCGCCUGUGAAAAUGGAUCUUGUUGGAAAUAUCAAGAAGGUAAAUCAGAAGUACAUAACCAACAAGGAAGAGUUCACUACCCUCCAGAAGAUAGUGCUGCAUGAGGUGGAGGCGGGUGUAGCUCAGGUUAGGAACUCAGCAACCGAAGCCCUCUUGUGGCUGAAGAGAGGUCUCAAAUUCUUAAAGGGCUUUUUGACAGAAGUGAAAAAUGGGGAAAAAGAUAUCCAGACAGCACUGAAUAACGCAUAUGGCAAAACAUUACGGCAACACCAUGGCUGGGUAGUUCGAGGGGUUUUUGCGUUGGCACUGAGGGCAGCCCCCUCUUACGAAGAUUUUGUGGCCGCACUAACCAUAAAAGAAGGUGACCACCAGAAAGAAGCUUUCAGUACUGGGAUGCAGAGGGACCUCAGCCUUUACCUCCCUGCUAUGGAAAGGCAGCUGGCCAUACUGGACACUUUAUAUGAGAUCCACGGGCUGGAGUCUGAUGAGGUGGUGUGACAGCUACUUCUUAGAACAGCACCUCCUACCUUCAGGGAAUAAAGUUUGCUAAUGUG